AUGUCGUACGCCCCCGAUGGCCGUCUGCUGUCGCCUGGCGAGGUGUAUGAGGCCGCACCCACACUCGUGAAAGAAGACGAGUGGCAGGAAGACCUGAACGUUGCCAUGAUCUGCCCCGACUGCAAAGAAAACCCUCCCAAUCUGGUCGAAGAGUUCAGCGCUGGCGACACCAUUUGCGAUCAAGGAAACGACGAUCCCUCUCGUAUCGGAGACGCCGCGAACCCCCUGCUACACGGCUCUCAGCUCCAGACUGAGAUCAGUUUCGGUGACGGCGGUAUGAGGUCUAGGGACUUGAGCCGCGCGCUUAACAAGACCAACCACGACAAGGUCAACAAGGCGCUGCAGGCCGCGUAUGGACAGAUCUCAGCGCUCUGCGAUUCACAGAACAUCAGCCGCCCGACCGCUGAGACGGCCAAGAUGCUGUUCAAGAUGACCGACGACGCAAAGCUCUUCAAGGGCAAAUCGCAAGACGCUAUCAUCGCCGGGUGCAUCUUCAUAGCCUGCAGAAAGCACGACCAGCAGCGCAGUUUCCGCGAGAUCUUCAAGAUGACCAACGUGAGCAAAAAGGAAGUUGGCCGUACGUUCAAGGUGCUCGAGGCCUUUAUACAAAAGUCCCAGAAUAACGGGCCGUCAGUUGCAGGAAACGGUGCCGUCAUCGACACUGUCAACCUUCUCAACCAGAAAGGAGGUACCACAGCCACCAGCGCCGCGAGUCUUAUGCCCCGUGCCUGCGCCAAACUCGCCCUCGGAACCCAAGUCCAGAUGGUCGCAGAAGAGUGCGCGGAUCAGGUCGCCCACUACGGAGUUGCAGCCGGACGCUCCCCCCUCUCCAUCGCUGGCGCCUGUCUCUACCUCGUCUCCCACCUCAUGGGUCAGCCCAAAUCGCCAAAGGAGAUUGGUUUGGCUGUCGAAGUCAGCGACGGCACAAUCCGCACAGCCUACAAGCUCAUGCACUUGGAACAGGACAAGCUCAUCAAGGAGGAAUGGAUCGCCAAGGGUGGCGACCGCUCCAGGAUUCCGCAAGCUUGA